GUUCUUGGCCAAUUUCUUUGCAGACGACAUUUACAAAGUUCUUGAUCGUGGUUUGCGCCUAAGCGGAAGGAAGGAAGGCAGUCAUUCCUCUCAUCAGGUGCCUCCACAUGUAUGGAUGUUUGAUGUUAAUCGAAGAAAGCUUCUUCUUCUUCGUGCCUUUUCUUUCUUGGUCAUCAUCGAACCGACGGAGCUCAUUUUGGUGGGGUUGAGGGGGAGCAUCAAUUAGUGACUACAGGCCCCAAAGUGGCGACACUCAAACCUCAGACGAGACGAGCUUUAGCAUUUCGCAAUUUUGAACUUUCUAUGAAGUGUCAUCAUUUAAAAAUGCAAAUUACUUAGGAGGAUCUUAACAUUUUGUGAUGAAAUACCGAUUGCAGAACCAGUUUUUGGUGAAAUUCAUCGGUUGAUCUGGCUCUCGUCCACAAGAUUAUAUCUGCCUGGAUCAUUUGACCGAAUGUCAUCAGAAACAGUGGACCUACUUUCGUGGAAGGUACAAGCGUUAGAUACCGAACGCUGGACCUCAAGUUAUCACUUUUCAUAAGUAGACAUACUUGUAUGAUUUUUUGUUAGUACGCCUAUUAUAUUUUUGCUUCUGAGUUUGUGGGAACUUUGCAUUUCUUGAAGAUCUUGUGUGUUUCCAGAGACCAAUUGAGGCUAGGGUCAGACAACAACGCGUUUUCAUUUUUUGAUCCUGGUUUAACUAUGUUGUAGUUAUAAUCGCAAAAAGGAAAUAUUUCGAAAUCAGAAUACGUGUAGAUACUUUUUCCUGAGCAUCUCUAAAGACAGCUUCCUUCGAUAUCAUUAUACGCUCAUUAGUCUUAAUUCUCUAGAUCUUAUUUUUAUAGAAAAUAAGAGACUUGGACGCGAUUCCUUAUCCAUCAAGAAAGAUUGUACCACGGUGUGAGAGAGAACAGGCUCCCCGGCCCAGCAGACGACAUUUAGCAAUCACAACCACUUUUCGUUAAAACACUAUCGCGAUUCGAUCGCGAACAAAAGUCACCCAACGAGACGUUUACAUGCUACACAAUCAGUCGACACGUAAUCCAUCGCCCCCUUUCAAGUCUUAAGAAAUUCGAACUCACGGCUGCCCACGUCUUUGAUGGAAAGGAGACUGGGGAUAUCAUAAAAUGCGGUAAAAGGCGAUAAAAACAACAAGAAUGGGAGGUAUGUUUAAUGUGUCUUCUCAAUGACAUUAAGUGCAACAAUAGAUGGUCUGUUCGUAGCUAAGAGGAGCCCAAUUACUCGCAAAAAAACAACCGAUCCGUUAUAGCUCCAUGGUUUAACUCCGCUGCAUCUAUUGACGGGGUACAAAAACAAUCCGCUUCCGCUUUACCUUUACCUUUACCCGAGAUUCUGGAAGUUGUCGACAUUUAUCUUGGAACAUAUAGGCUGAAAAUAUUUUCUGUUGUUAAGAUAGUGGAGCGUAAAUGAGCGUAAUUACUCCUUUAAUUCUGAAUAAAUGAAUAUUGGAGGACACUUUCUCCCACUUCAUUUCCAGUACAUGUAACUUUGAAUUCUAACAUGAGCGUUUAGUCAUUUUGAUUUAACCUUGCUUGUAACGAACUGAACUAUUUUAGAAGUUGCAAGGCAUCACACCGACUAUGUUAUCUCGUCGACUAAACAGCCUAUGAGAAAUUCAAAUCCUGUGAAGUCGUAAGCCAUGUUUUCGUGGUGGUGUACAAGUGUGUUGAUGAAAACAAAGCGGACAAAUGACAUCCACCAUUGUAUGGCUUACAGUAUACAUCCAGGAAGCAAGGAAAACUGACAAGUGCUUUUUUGUUGUUCUUGUUUACAACCGUCUUGGGUCAAAGAAACAAAGGAGCCGUAAAAGGGAAAACAUCAACAAACUAGACCUGUUAUAGUAUUAGUUCUCUUGAAUAGCCUUCGAGAAGUACAGUCCUGACUUGGAAAGAGAAUUUUGUGUAGCAUCGGGAACAUGGAACCGGAAGGACUUUUAUUCGCUAUCACUUUCUUCUGCGGACUUCUAGCAACGAUGGAAGGAAAGCAUAGAGGUAAAGGGUGUCCGCUCGGUUGCAGCACAUGUUCUGUCUAUAAUGGCUGUAUAACAUGCAAGCCGAGGUACCUGUUCCUUCUUCACCGCAGUGGAAUGAAGCAGGUGGGGAUAUGCACCCACGCCUGUCCUGUCGGCUUCUAUCCCAACAGUGCCGGCGACUACCAUCGCUGCUCAAGAUGUAGAAUAGAGAACUGUGACACGUGUUACAGUCGGACCUUUUGCUCUCGAUGCCAGCCGCCGUAUGUGGGGCUCUACGGGAAGUGCGUCCUCCAGUGUCCAGAUAGCAUGUAUGUUAAUGAGAUGACGUCACAAUGCGAAGUCAAAGUCGACUGCGCCGUUUCACCGUGGUCGCCAUGGAGUCCGUGCAUAAAGAAAGGCCAGACCUGUGGUUUCAAAUGGGGAGAGCAUCGUCGUUAUCGUGAGGUCGUCGCCCGGCCCACACCGGAGGCCGAGCCGUGCCCCGAGCUCUUUCAGGGAGAGAAGUGUCGCAUGCACCCACGAUAUUGCCCAGGUCAAUUACCAAGGAAACCCAAAGACAAGGGAAAGCGCAAAAAGGAAAAGGGAACCACCGACAACCAAGAGGGCACAACGAGAAAAAAUGAUGGCAAUAAACAGAAAGAUAGAACUAAUAGGAGGAGUAAAAAGAAGGAUAGGCAAAAGCCUUCUCCAAGAGAUGAGAGGAGACAGAGGCAGAGGAAAGAGGAGCACCUUAUAGAUUUUCCCUUAUCCACGAGGAGGACGAUAUGAGAGAAUUAACAUGAUCAAAAUGGAAGCCGUGGACGACGGAGAUUUUGAGGGGAAUUCCCUGUCAUGAACGAUAGGGAUCAUGACUUGUGAUCGAAUACACGGUACGUCAUUGGACAACGGAGAUGAGGAAUUCUGCAAUUAUCUAUAAACAACAACGUUCUCUUCUGAAUGGAGUGAAUAUCAACUUACUUUCUGGUUUGAUACAUCGCUCAACAGGUCACCGGAGCUAAUAUAAUUAUGAAACUAUCCAUAAACAACAACAAAAGACUCUUCCGAACUAUGUCUUCAUUUUCGCUCCUAAUUAUUGCUGCUGUGAAUAUCGACAUCACUAUUAAUUACCAUAAGAAAGUGGUGCAGUGGUUCCCUCACUUGAUUUUCCAUCAAGAGGUUGUUGGUGCAAAUCCCCGCACGGCACUGAUGGCCGUGAACAUGUUUGACAAUAAAUUAAUUCGAAUUUGCCACUCUUCACCCAGGUGUCAAUGGAUACCGGAUAUGCAGGUACCCCCGUCUAUGAUGGGGUAUAUAGCGUUUGAGAGCCAAGAGCGUCACGGCGUGAUAGAUAUGAGCGCUAUACAAGAAGCCACCAUUAGUAUUAGUAUUGUUAUUUACUAACAAAAAGUGGCCCCUUUAUGCAUAAAUACGCCAACAUUAUGAUGUAUUCGCUUUGAUUAACUAUUCGCUAAAACAUAUCCAUGUACUAAGUUUUGCGAUCUUUGUUUGGAUAGCAUUUUUUGAAUUUCUUCAUUGAUAAUUUAUAACGUUUGCUGAAUCUGAUGGUGGGGUAGUGAAUGUAACAAACCGAUGAUUCUUAACGAAAUAAUCUCAAUGUUGCGAAAUAAACAAGUUUGAAAUAUGAGUGAAUGAAAUCAGUCUCUAAGAUUGUUAUAAUUCAAGUAUGUUUCCUUUGGACACGAUGAGUUUCAAAACUUGAUGGGUCAUCAACUUGAAAGUUUUAUAACAUUUUGUUACGUUGUCUGUUUAUCUAAACGCCUUUAUAAAUUUUUUUGUUUCUUGUUUCGUUUUUGCUCGUUUUACUUCAGUUUCAAUUUUAUGGUAACAUUUUUCUUCAAAUUUUGUCUUCUUUAAUUGACAAAGCAAUGAUAUUGUAUGUAUAGAUAAUCAUUGGUUUGAUUGAAUACAUGCUUUGAUUUGUUACGGUAAGGUGCUUUUGUUAACUACGCCUUAAAUCUUUCAAUAUUCUUUCAGCAUUCAAAAUCUAUUACAAUAUGUUUUCUAUUAGAACAUUUUAAUAUAUUUUUAAUAAUAUGGACAAAAGUAACAAUGUUAUGCAAAGAAACGACUUUAAUGAUCCACAUUUAUUUACCAAUAAGUAUAUGACAUGUGCUGCAUGUAAUAUACCGAAUUGAUUUCUAAACAUAUUUCUUUGAAAUGAAGUUGAACUAUCGGCUGCUCCGAACUAUUUUUUUUUCUCAUGUUUUUUUCCCCUCCAAGUCAGAUUGUAUUUCGUGGUACACAUGCGAACAGGAAGUAAACAAAACUAACGAUUUGUGUUUUUUAAGGUGAUUGAAUAUUUACAGUCAGGAAGAAAAAGCUAGUACGGUACGUACAACAAUAUGAGUUGGAUCCGAUCAAGAGGGAUUACCAAAAGAAUUGCAUAUAUAUUUUAUUAUAAAUUAUACCUGAGUUUUGUUUGCAAAAUCGGUAGUGGAACUAAUUAUAACUUAUUCACAUUUUUUGUCUGUAAAUGUGGUCAAUUUUGUUUAGAAGUUUCAUCUUUAUGCCAAUAGCGUAAAGUGCAAAAGUA